AUGUUCACCUCUUCUCUCCUUCUCGUGUCAUCGUUGGUGGCCGGCGCUUUUGCCGCUGCUCGAACUGAAGCCCCUAGCGGUGCCAUUGUUGUUGGUGAAGGUGGCGAUUUCACCUCGAUUCAGGAAGCCGUCAAUUCCGUUUCUGGCUCUGAUUCUGUCAUUUUCGUCAAGCCUGGAACCUACGAGGAGCAGGUUCUCAUUCCCGACUCUGCUGGAGCUCUUACCAUUUACGGAUACACCGAGGAUGACCAGGAUUACUCCAAGAACCAGGUCACUCUCACUCACAGCCUCGGAGCUGACGAGGCUGGAAACAACGACUCGUCUGGCACUCUCCGGGCCAAGAACAACGGCCUCAAGGUGUACAACAUCAAUGUCGCCAACUCGCGAGGCCAGGGUGUCCAGGCCAUUGCUCUGAGCGCCUACGGUGAUGAGCAGGGUUACUACGGAUGCCAGUUCACUGGUUACCAAGACACCAUUUUGACAAACAAGGGCAAGCACUACUUCCACGCUAGCUACAUUGAGGGUGCCACCGACUUUAUCUUUGGCCAAGAGUCCGUUGCUUGGUUCGAGCAGUGCGACAUCGGUGUUGUUGCAAAGGGGUACAUCACUGCCAACGGUCGUGACAGUGCCGAGAACCCUUCGUACUACGUCAUCAACAAGUCAGUUGUCAAGGCUGCCGGUGCCGGAGACGGCGAGGUCUACCUUGGUCGCCCGUGGCGAGAGUUUGCCCGCGUUGUCUUCCAGAACACCGAACUCGGCAGCGUUAUCAACUCUGCUGGCUGGCUUGCCUGGGGUGACAACCCCACCAACAACGUCGAGUACGGCGAGUUUGGAAACACUGGCGCCGGUGCUAGCGGUGACCGCGCCAGCUUCUCCAAGCAGCUGAGCGCUGCUGUUUCCAUUGACGAAAUCCUUGGUUCUACCUCUUGGAUUGACUCGAGCUAU